AAUACAGCGUCAAUUUCAAAGACACGAAACAACAAAAAAUGGCAGAUAGAAUCCCCUCUGCUGCCGAAGGCGAAGACCAACGUCUCCCCGUAAACGCCGAAGACCGCAAAGCAGCCGCCGCUUUAUCCUCGCUGAACGACAAUGAAAUCUCACAAGAUGGUGAUGCAGCUGGAAGUAAUAGCAAACUCUCUUCGGCUGCUGCACAGGAAGCUUUAGGAAAAGCUAUGAGUCGAUUGGAGAUUGCUUCGGGCGGAGCUUCUGGGAAGACGACUGGAGGAGGAGCUGGGACUAAUAAAACUGUUGCGACGGAGACUGCGAAGAAGAAGGCGGUUAAGAUUGUGGCGGAGGAUGUUACGUUGCUUGUCGAGGAACUUGAUCUUACAAAGAACAAAGCUACGGAAUUGCUUAGAUCGCAUGACGGUGAUGCCAAGGAGGCUAUUCGCGCUUUUCUAACGCCGACUAUUGCGGCCUGAAUAGUACUUAAUACGUAACAACUCGGCGACUAUGAUUAUCCAUAUGGUGUUAGAGACAGGAAAGAAUCUGUGAUAUCUCAUCAAUAGCUAUCGUCCGGAAGACAAGGCACCGGUACGCCAAAGACAUGUCGAUACAACGAACGAACGAACACGAAGCAACGAUUAUGAUCCCUCGAAUCGACCGUUGGGCAGCACAUGUAUUUACGAUAUGAAUAAAUAGAACAAAUAAACGCCAGUUCUUGGUAAAUUCUUAGCUAUAAACAGAUUUGUGUAUCUAUCAUAUGCAAGAGCAAAUGGUAUAUCAGAUCGGGAUAUAAACAGUCUAUCGCCUUUCAAUCUCAGUCUCCGAUUCCAGCAAAGCUUCUUCCUCUUCCUCCUGAACAAUCUGCUUCAUCUUCCUCUGAAUCCCCUCCCCCUCAAAUAUCGACCAACUCACAACCCAACCCAACAACGCUUCCACCGCCAAAGCCCACCACACAGCACCAAUAAUAUUAUGUGACAAGCCCAAACUCAAUCCCAACCCACCAAGAAACGGUCCCAACGUCCGGGCACCGCUCGAUAUACUCUGCGCCACACCAUGGAUCGUCCCGAGAACAGAAGAAUCAGACACGGAGUUAUUGACAAGUAUAAUUGCAGCAGGCAGCACGAACGUCCUCGAAAGGACUUGUAAUGCCACCACGAAGCUAAAAGAUGGCCAUAUAAGAUACUGAGCGCAUCGAGGAAUCAAGACCAGAAAUGGCAUGAGUGUAUAUGCCAAUGGUGACAGGGGCAGAAACGUGCGUAAAGAUUUCAAUGUGCCGAGACGGAAUUGGACUCGUGGAUAGACGAAAAGUUGUAACGGGAGGCCGAUAAGGCCAAUGACCGAAGUAGCGAUGCCGACUUGUUGGGUUGUUAGACCUAGACCGCCGUUGAAAUGGAAGAAACCUCUGCGGCUAUCUUCGGGGGCACGGGGUGUUGGGAGGAAAACGAAAGUCAUGGCGUUGAAGGCGCUGGUGUGCAUUGCGAGGAGUGAGUGGGUAAGGAGAGUUAAUAUGAC